AUAAGAGCCUCCAAGCCGGCAGCUCUCGCCCAACUCCCAGACACCUCGCUGGCUCGCCCGUACCGGCCCGGUUUCCAGGAGACAAGCCCGGUGUGCGUGCGGCCGUAGGGCGCCUUCUUUUUUGGACCUCGAGGCCAUCCACACCGUCCCCUCCCCCUCCCGCCUCCCUCCCCGCCUCCCCUGCGUGCCCUCCCCGCCGACAUCCUCCGGGUCCCUCCUCCCGCUCUGUCCACCGCGGGCCGCACUGCCCUGGCCGGCGCCGCGCGCGGGGGAAGCUGGCGGGCUGAAGCGCCCCGCUCUCCUCGACUAUCCCGGGCCACCCCUCUGCCCCGGGCCUGCGAGGCCCGUUGCCGCCCGAGAGAUGAUGCAGGACGUGUCCAGCUCGCCAGUCUCGCCGGCCGACGACAGCCUGAGCAACAGCGAGGAGGAGCCGGACCGGCAGCAGCCGCCGAGCGGCAAGCGCGGGGGGCGCAAGCGGCGCAGUAGCCGGCGGAGCGCGGGAGGCGGCGCGGGGCCCGGGGGCGCCGCGGGCGGGGGCGGCGGAGGCGGCGACGAGCCGGGCAGUCCCGCGCAGGGCAAGCGCGGCAAGAAGUCUGCCGGCUGCGGGGGCGGUGGCGCCGCCGGCGGCGGCAGCAGCAGCGGCGGUGGGAGCCCGCAGUCGUACGAGGAGCUGCAAACGCAGCGGGUCAUGGCCAACGUGCGGGAGCGCCAGCGCACGCAGUCGCUGAACGAGGCUUUCGCCGCGCUGCGGAAGAUCAUCCCCACGCUGCCCUCGGACAAGCUGAGCAAGAUCCAGACCCUCAAGCUGGCGGCCAGGUACAUCGACUUUCUCUACCAGGUCCUCCAGAGCGACGAGCUGGACUCCAAGAUGGCAAGCUGCAGCUAUGUGGCCCACGAGCGGCUCAGCUACGCCUUCUCGGUCUGGAGGAUGGAGGGGGCCUGGUCCAUGUCCGCGUCCCACUAGCAGGCGGAGUACCCCACUUCCUCGUCAGGGCCAGAGACCUAGAUGUCAUUGUUCCCAGAGAAGGAGAAAAUGGACAGUCUAGAGACUCUGGAGCUGGAUAACUAAAAAUAAAUAAAUAAAUAUAUGCCAAAGAUUUUCUUGGAAAUUAGAAGAGCAGAACCCAAAUUCAAAGAAACAGGGCGUGGGGCUCACUUUUAAAAGAGAAAGCGAGACAGGCCCGUGGACAGUGAUUCUCUGACGGGCAGCAGCACCAUCCUCACACCUCUACAUUCUGAUACAAGUCUGAACAGUUGUUUGUCUUUCUUUUUUCUUUUGUUUUUUGACGAAGAAUGUUUUUUGUUUUUUUUUUCGUGCAUGCAUUCUCAAGAGGUCGUGCCAAUCAGCCACUGAAAGGAAAGGCAUCAUUAUGGACUUUUCUCCAUUUUAAAAUGGUAUAAAUCAGAGGGAUUCUAAGAACAUCUUUAGAAAUAAAAAAGAAUAAUACUGGGAUUAAACUGACUUGCAAAAUCAUAAUCAGUUAACUCCCUUUUUCAUUCUUCCUCUGAGGGAAAAAAACUUAAAAUACAAAAAAAAACAACAUUCUAUUUAUUUAUUGAUGACCCAUGGUAAAAUGCAAAUAGAUCCGGUGUCUAAAUGCAUUCAUAUUUUUAUGAUUGUUUUGUAAAUAUCUUUGUAUAUUAUUUUUCUGCAAUAAAUAAAUAUGUUUGAAAAUUUUAAGAA